AUGUCAUCUCUCACAACUUCACCCACAAAGUCCCCUCUGGACCCAAAAGUCCUGCUAAUGUCCUACCUCAAACAACUCCAAGCCAAACCCCUCCGCACAAAAAUGGCAACUCAAGGCUCCCUGUCCGCUCUAACUGAAAUCAUCGCUUCAUACUUUGCUUAUCAGCGUCCUGGAUACGGACCGAUGAUUACUUCGCGUGUUCCGCAGAUGGCAUUUUAUGGAGCUUGUAUUGCUGCGCCGCUACAGCAUUUUCUGAUGACUUUUGCGCAAAAACAAUUCCCUGGAAAGAUUUUGCUGCAGCAGCUUGUUACUAUGUUCAUUUGCUUCCCCAUUCAAAACACAGUCUAUCUUUCCUCAAUGGCCAUAAUCGCGGGCGCACGCACAAAAGAGCAAGUCCAAGGCGCCGUCAAAGCUGGUCUUGUACCCAUGACAAAAGCCAUGUGUGCUAUGCACCCUAUUUUAAUCACUUUUGCAAAAGUCGUUGUUCCGAUGGAGUAUUGGCCUGUUUUCUUUAGUUUGAUUGGGUUUUCGCUGAGUACCUUUUUUAAUACCCUUGCGAAGAUGAGGAGGGCUGCUGCUGAGAAUGCUGAGAAGAAGGACAAGGAGACUUAG